AUGUCCAUUUUAUCUAUGGAUGUUUUUCCUGGCCAGGGGCUGGGCUGGUUAACCCUUGGAGCCUCUCUACAUAAUACGCUAACUCGCCUAAAAGCCGCCCCGCAGUCAUAUCCAACCAUUAACCUUGUGUAUAACCCAUCAGACCCAAUACAUAGCCCUAUUGAGGUCCGUCUACCUGAAAAUGGCAUACAGCUGCGAUUCGACGGUCUUGACCAAAGGCUCCGCUUGAUUGAAGUAUUAGAUUUUACGAAAACCACAUUUCUUUACAAGGGUCGGGAAGUCUUCAAAGGGGGUCAUCAAGAUGCAGCCGAAAAUACUGGCCCCAAAUUUAGACAUAUUUAUAAUCGGUUGUUUGGACUAACCUUUCCUGGGGAAUACAUUCCUCCAGAGUCUUCCGAGGAGGUUCAUGGUACCUACAUUUUGUCAUAUCCCGGGGUUUCCUUUGCAUUUCCACUCAUACACUCGCCUCGGCCCGCCGAUUACGAUUUUGUUAGCAAGAUGUUGCCGUCAAAUUCGAUUUUAGCAGCAUCCAUGGCCAUCUUUCUUGGGGAUUCUUGGGCUGAUGCAAGAUCUAACCUUUUUACCCGCCUGCCAAUAUACCCUCGGUUAACUGCCUUAACCGGAAAAAAUAAGGAGCACCUGGCAGAGGAAGUUGAUUUCGUGAAUGUACAUGGAGGAGGUAGAAUCGAAAUAAUUCGAAAAGGGAGCUUACCUUUUUGGAUUACUCUAUCCGAGACAUCUCCACAAGAUUUAAUCGCGGAAUUAGGGCCACCAGAUGCUAUCUACCGCAAGAACGACCGCCGAAUUCUUAUUCAUGGUGGAAGAAGUCCCGGCGACUCUACAAAUACUGAUAUUAGCCCUCCGCGUAGCGAAAAUCACAUGGAACCUCCAUACUUGGAUCAUACACCUGACAACAGUGCUAUUGAAGACUCUGAUGACUCGACAUCCUCCCACGAUCAUGACAAUUCUCUAUCUGGGGAGUGCUUCUACAACUACUUUAACCACGGCUUUGAUUUGUAUAUUUCCCAUCCAACUACUCCCAGCCCCUCAUUUCCAGGGUCAACUACUUCAAAGACGCCUGCAAUCAUACCAUCCUCACAUUUAACAGUCACAAAAGUGAUCCUACAUGGAAAUGUCCCUGGCUCUCAUACAUUUAACCGACAUAGGAGAAGUCGAUGGGCCCUCCUUAUGGAUGGAAAUAUGUUUUUAAAUUCAGAGACUCAUUAUAAGACGAUAUCACCAAAGCUAAAGGAGAUUUGGAAAGGCUUCUACUCAAAUACCUCGGAAGAAAAUGCCUUCCAAAGAGGAAUGGUUCUUAAUCGAGGCUGGGGAGAUAGCCCUGGCAGCAGCAUUGAACUGCUUGGGGGCUGGGAAGAAAAUUCAAAGCAGUGCCAGCAGGCUGCUACAGGGGAUAUUGACUCGCUCGGCAACACAGAGCUAUUUGGCUUUCCAGGAUUGCUCUUUGAGGUUUUGAAGAAUGGCGCGUCUCUCGCGGCCGUGAUUAAUGCAAUAGCUGGAGAGAGCAUGCCGGACCUGUCUAGAUCUCUCGCUCGGUCCUGGUCGUCGACGCUCAAGCUCCCGAAAUCUACUUUCCCAGCUCGCAUUGCGGCCGCAGAGCAGGCAAAAUACCUUCGACGAUGCAGCGACGACCUCUAUUCCUGGCAGCGUCGCCAUCGACCCAAUAAUCACUCUCAGUUCAUAUUCCAUGAUGGACCUCCUUACGCCAAUGGCGACCUCCAUGUUGGACAUGCGCUGAAUAAGAUUCUCAAAGACAUUAUAUGCCGAGUACAAGUUGCCCAAGGGAAAAGAGUGGAAUAUAUCCCCGGUUGGGAUUGUCAUGGCUUACCAAUUGAAUUGAAAGCGUUGAAUUCCAGAAAAGAAUUAGGCAACAAUGCGAGCCCAGCGAUGGUCCGGACAGUCGCGCGGCAGUUGGCGGAGGAAACAGUCGCAAAACAAAUGCAGGGUUUUCAGGAAUGGGGCGUUAUGGGCGAUUGGGGAAUGCAUUGGAAAACUAUGGAUAAGGAGUUUGAGAUGCGGCAAUUAGAGGUUUUUCUUGAUAUGAUGGAUAAAGGAUUGAUAUAUCGCAGGUAUAAGCCUGUUUACUGGUCACCUUCCACCAGUACAGCGCUGGCAGAAGCCGAAUUGGAAUAUCGGGACGAUCACGUAUCGCAUGCUGCCCUUGUCAAAUAUCCCCUUGCAGCCAUGCCGGCUAAAAUAAUCGAACACUCUCUAGUAGCUGGAGAUGAGAUAUCUGCAGUUAUCUGGACAACGACACCCUGGACUUUACCAGCAAACGCCGCUAUCGCCGUUCACAAGGAUCUUCGAUAUGCGAUUGUGCAGUCAACAAAGCAUGGUAAACUAUUGAUUGCUGAAUCCCGUCGAGAAUACGUUGAAGGGUUGCUCGAGGACAAACUAGAUGUUCUUGUCACUAUUCCAGGUGCUCAGCUGUUAUCUAAAACCACAUAUCGGCCACAUUUCAAAGAUAAAGGUGCGGGCUUUCAGCCGGUAAUUUCAGCCAAUUUUGUCACAGAUGAAUCAGGCUCUGGUUUGGUUCACUGCGCCCCAGGACACGGUAUGGAAGAUUACGAGGUUUGCCUUAAGCAUGGAAUUCCCGCAUUCGCUCCUGUAGAUGGGGAAGGCCGCUUUACUGACGCAGCUGUACCCUCAAAUCCCAGCCUGCUAAGUGGCAAGAGUGUUUUGGCUGAGGGUAAUAAAACUGUUAUAAGUCAUUUGGAAGAAAAGGGCUGGCUACUCCGCAAGCAUAGAUACAGACACAAAUACCCCUAUGACUGGCGUUCAAAAAUGCCAGUUAUUAUUCGGGCAACAGAACAAUGGUUUGCCGACGUUGGUGAUAUCCGCAAGCAAGCCGUCGGCGCUCUGCAGAAUGUUCGCUUUUUUCCCUCGUCUGGCAAGGCUAGAUUAGAAGCUUUUGUUAAAAAUCGAACCGAGUGGUGUAUCUCCAGACAGCGAGCUUGGGGCGUUCCUAUUCCUGCCCUUUAUCAACGUGAAACUGGCGAGGCCGUACUAACUAGAGAAAGUGUCACUCAUAUCAUGGAUGUUAUCAAGCAACGUGGUAUUGACGCCUGGUGGACGGACGACGAAAAUGAUAUCAUGUGGAUUCCCCCCUCUCUCCGAGAUCCGGCUAGUCUAGGCUUUACAAGAGGAAAGGAUACUAUGGAUGUUUGGUUUGAUAGCGGAACCAGUUGGUCGCAGAUGAAACAAGAGGGAGGAACUGUGACCCCAAGCGCUGAUAUUUUUCUGGAAGGAACAGACCAGCACCGCGGAUGGUUUCAAUCAAGUUUAUUAACUUUCGUUGCACAUCAGCUCUCCAAAAAUCCGAAUGGCCCCAUUAAAGCACCCUUUAAAACGCUUGUCACUCACGGAUUUACUCUCGACCACGCUGGUCGUAAAAUGAGUAAGUCGAUUGGUAAUAUAAUACACCCACAUGAAAUUAUGAAUGGCACUCUUCUCCCCCCUUUAAAGAUCAAGAAGCCGAAAGGCGUAAAGGGGAAAAUAACAACACCUCUUUAUGAUGCGCUUGGACCAGAUGCCUUGAGGUUAUGGGUUGCUGGUAGUGACUAUACGAAGGACGUGGUAAUCGGGCCACAAAUACUUAAAGCCACAAAUGGUAGCCUUCACAAAUAUCGUGUCACUUUUAAACUCAUUCUUGGGGCUCUCCAAGACUUUGACCCGAAGUACCAAGUUCCGUAUGAGUCCUUACGUGCAACAGAUAAAAUUGCUUUAUCACAGCUACGUUCACUUGUCCUCACUUGUCAAGAAGCAUUUAAAAACUUGGAAUUCUUUAAGGCAAUCACGGCUCUUAAUCGAUGGGCCAAUGCCGAUUUCUCUGCAUUCUAUAUUGAAUCUAUUAAGGACCGCCUAUACGCAGAUCAAGUCGAUGGGCAAAGUCGAAGAGCUGCACAGACCACGCUUUUUCACAUCUACACCCAUAUACAAAGCAUUCUAGGGCCUGUCGUCCCACUCUUAGUUGAAGAAUCUUGGGAACAUACUCCUAAAGCUAUUCAAUCUUUUAUAGAACACCCCCACCAUCGUAUUACGGCGUCUCCGAGAUCAGAAUGGGAAAACUCAUAUUUAGAACGAGGUUAUCCCGCUCUGGCUGCUGCGAAUUCGGCCGUAAAAAUGCUCCAGGAAACUGCUCGAAUAAAAAAGGAGAUGGGCUCGUCUCUCCAGUCAUUCGUUCAUCUCGAAGUUCCAGACUCUGCUAGUAUAUUCCAAGAGCUUGGUACUUUGGAGUUAGCCGAUUUCUUGGUGGUCUCUUCUGUUACUACCGGGUGCAAGGGCAAUAAACCGCCUGCGGGGAUGAACACCGCUGAAUGGAGCUAUGAAACCGAAUUCGAGCUUCCGAACGGCGAAAUGGGAAAGGUAUGGAUAUAUGCACCUGUUCAGAAUAAGUGCGAGAGGUGCUGGAAAUAUCUUGUGCCCACAGACAAAUCUCAAGUAGACUCCCUGUGCCAGCGAUGCGAGAGCGUCGUUUCGGACUUAGCUGAGCCUGAAAGUGAAGCUUCUGGCGUUUCACAGACUAUAGGGAGCAAUUCUGCUUAA